AUGGUAAUUUCGAAUAGUAAAAUUGUUCAAGUUUGUAAUGUAUCAACAUCAUGUCAAAGAGAACAAUUAAAAUCUUUAUUCAGUUUCAUUGGAAGGAUUAAAGAAGUUCAAUUAUAUCCAGAUAGUGAUACAAUGACAUCAACCAUCAAUGGUAAAGUUGGUUAUAUAAAAUUCGAUCGUAUUGAUAGUGUUCAUAGUGCAUUGAACAUGACCAAUACAAUAUUUUUUGAUAAGCCAUUAAUUGUUUCUCAAGUAUUGGAAAAUAAUAUACCUGAUGAAACUGAUGCAAUGAUUUAUUGUGCACCAUUACAUCCAAAUAUAACAUUACUAAGUGGUGGUCCAACAUGGCCAAGUACCGUUAUUAAUCGACUUGUUGAUCAAUCACCAAAUAAAUUUAUUGAAACAAUUGAUCCUGAAUUAACUGAUCGAAAUUUACCACCAUAUCCACCAUUAUCAGGAACACUUGAUAUUUCAAAAGUUGAAGAAAUUCGACGAACUGUUUAUUUAUCUAAUUUAGAUAAAGAUAUUUGUUUGGAUCUGUUCCAUGAAUUUCUUUCACAAAUUGGACAAAUUCGAUAUAUUCGUGCAGCUUAUAUCAAUGAGAAUGCUGAAACACGUGAUGCUUAUGUUGAAUUUUGUGAACAACCAUCAAUUCCGAAAGUACUUUCAAUAAAUGGUUUUCAAUUGUUCAAUCGACCAUUAUUCGUCAAUCAUGCAACUUCAUGUGUUAUCAAACCAGCGAUUGUACAAGAUUUAAGAAGUGAUGAACAAAAUAUGGAAUUUAAUCAAAGACAUUCUCGCAGUACAUCACGUUAUCAAGAUACCGAAACAAGUGACGAUGAUGAUCGUCAUUCAUCAUCAAGAUCAAAAUAUCGUAAAAAAUCUUCAAAAUCAAAGCGAUCAUUCAGAUCUCCCACAAGAUCAAGAAAACGUAGUCGAUCACGAUCAUCAUCACGUGAUCGAAAAUAUCGUUCACGUUCAUCAUCAUAUGAUCAUCAUCGUCGAACGAAAGGUUCACCUUCAAAAGAACGUCAUCGUCGAAGUGAAAGUCGAAAAGAGAAAAAAUCCCGAAAAUAA